AAUUUUUUUUUUAAAUUUCAAUAAUAAAAUAAUUGUAUGUCCCUAAUAAUGCCAGAAAAAGAAUUUUCGCAUGAAAAUAAAAUAAAUAUUAAAGGGAAAACCCGGAAAAUACUCAGAGCUCGACUCAAGAAAUUACGUGUUUGGGGUAUUUGGACUUUUUGCUCAAUUGUGUGUGCAAAAAGCUGCAAUGUUUACAAAUAGUAAAUAAUGAUUGUUUUUUUAAAUAUGCUUUAGCUGUUCCUGGGGAAGAAGCAGCAGCAAUAGCGGUUAUUGCCGCCGUCAACAUGAUCCUUGAGGACGACGCCGACGAUGAGGCAGAAGAUGAAGAAGUUUUGCAAUUAUUAGCUGCUGUAGAAAGGGAUAGACGCGCAGUGCCCAAAACUCAAAAUUAUUUUGAGGAAAUUAUUCCCAGAUUUUCUUCAUCAGAAUUUCAAUCUCAUUUUCGUAUGAGUCGAGCCACGUUCGAACAACUGACCAGGAUCCUUGCACCAGACUUACAGGGUUUGCAUUCGGUAGUUCCUGUUGCGAAAAAGUUGUCAGUCGCUCUUUGGUAUUUCGGAAAUCAAGACGUUUAUCGAUCUAUAUCGGACAGGUUUGACCUUUCCAAGUCAACUGCUUGGCAGUGUGUCAUUGACGUUGCCAAUUCACUUUGUGCGCGUUCAGAAAACUUUAUUCAUUGGCCUACUGGACUCGAAUUCACCAGAUUGCAGCAUGAAUUUCAGCAAAUGGCUGGAUUUCCAGGUGUCAUUGGAGCGAUUGACUGCUGUCAAAUACCAAUUAGUGCUCCUCAUCAAAAUCCAGAUAGCUACAUCAACCGCAAAGGUUACCAUUCGAUCAACACGCAGGCAAUAUGUGAUUCGAAAAGGCGAUUCCUAGACGUUUUCACAGGAUCCUGCGGAAGCGUUAACGAUGCGAGAGUUUUUCAACUAAGUCCGUUACGAGAGGAGAUCAUGCGAAACAUGGAUCAGUAUUUUCCGGAGCAGACACACAUUCUUGGAGACAAGAUAUACACUGUGGAAUUCUACUUAUUGCCUCCUUACAAAAAUUUCGGUCAAUUAACGGACAGGCAAAAACAUUUUAACUUGGUGCACGCGCGAACGCGACAAGUUAUUGAAAGAGCAUUUGCCUUGCUAUUGGGACGCUUUCGACGUCUCAAACACUUAUUUUUGCAGAACAUUGAAUAUGCUGCACUCAUCAUUUUGGCGUGCUGUUGUCUGCACAACAUUUGCAUAUCUUUAAAUGAUGAAUUCGAUGUGGAGGAUAUUGAUGAAAAUGUUAAUGCUCCAUGUGACGUGAAUGUUCCUGAAAAUGUUCCUGAAGACGUUCCCAAUGAUGCAGUGUCAGGAAAUGUCCAAUUUGACCCGGAAAUAAAACGCCGAAUCAUUGCCGACGCAUUAUAUGGGAGAAUGUAAUUAUUUUUUUUAUCGCCCGC